CAAGCCUUGUUUAGUUCAUUUUCUCUCUGUCGUUCAGAAAACACACGCGUAUCAAACUUGGUUUUUCUCCGUCUUUCUCGCUCUGUUUCUAACCUCUUUGACGAACGAGAGAUCAAACCAAGAAGGAAAGAAGAAAAUAUAUACAAAAAGAAAUGGAGCAAAAGCUUAUUGAUUUCAUGUUAGUCCCACUGGGGCUCCUGGCUAUGGCGGCUUACCAUAUCUGGCUCUUCUACCGAAUCUUGAAGCACCCCACAAAGACUGUCAUCGGUGUCAACGCCAUCAAUCGCCGUUUCUGGGUCCGUGCUAUGAUGGAGGACGUGUCGAAAAACGGAGUUCUGUCCGUACAGACGCUGAGAAACAACAUAAUGGCGUCGACCCUUUUAGCCUCGACGGCCAUCAUGCUCAGCUCUCUCAUCGCCGUGCUGAUGACGAGCGGAAGCAAAGACAAUUCGGCCUUUUUCGUGCUCGGGAACGGAACCGACACGAGCUUUUCGAUCAAGUACUUCUGCAUAUUGGCGUGUUUCUUGGUGGCCUUCCUUCUUAACGUUCAGUCCAUAAGGUACUACAGCCACGCCAGCAUUCUCAUCAACGUGCCUUUCAAGAAGAUGUCCCAAGAUAUCCACCACCACCAACGAACGGUCGAAUAUGUUGCUACGAAUGUUAACAAAGGGAGCUAUUUCUGGUCUCUUGGCCUUAGAGCUUUCUACUUCUCUUCCCCUUUGUUUCUCUGGAUCUUUGGGCCAAUUCCCAUGUUUGUUGCUUGCCUUGUCUUGGUUUUCUUGCUCUAUUUCUUGGAUGUUACCUUUGAGUGUGGGUGGGUGGUUGAUGUUUCCGAUGAUGAGAGCCCAAAAGAUGAGGAACUUGGGGGACAAAACUGAUGAUGUUUUAUGGUCAGUCAAUUUCUUGGGGCUCUCGGUGGAAUGAAUAGCAUUUAAUAUAAGAAAAGCAUAGGCAUUAAUGACAAGCAAUUCACAUUUCAAUCCAAGUUGAAUAGAAUUGCUUUUUUACUUGUCUUACA